UCUGCUUCGCCUACCUGGCGUUUCUCUUCGGAGUACGGACGCAAAGCCGGAAGACAAUGGCGGCGGCCGUUCGGAAGAGAUUUUGGCCCCGAAGCCGUGCAGAGACUGGUGACACUGCGGCCGCAAAGCCCGGCGUGUGGGCACGGUUGGGCGCCUGGGCCCGCGCGCUGCUCCGGGACUACGCUGAGGCCUGCGGGGAUGCGGCGGCGGCGGCGAGGGCCCGACCCGUGCGGGCGGCCGUGUACGUGGGGCUGCUGGGUGGUGCGGCGGCCUGCUGCGCCCUCGCGCCGAGCGAGGCGGCCUUUGAGGAGGCGCUGCUCGACGCGUCGGGGACCCUCUUGUUGCUGGCGCCCGCCACGCGCAACCGCGACUCGGAGGCGUUCGUGCAACGGCUGCUCUGGCUGCGGGGUCGCGGCUGCCUGCGCCACGUGAGCCUGGGUCUCUGCUCGCUGGUGUACGAGGCGCCCUUCGACGCCCAGGCCAGCCUCUACCAGGCCCGCUGCCGCUACCUGCAGCCCCGCUGGGUCGACUUCCCGGACCGGAUCCUGGAUGUUGGCUUCGUGGGCCGCUGGUGGGUGCUGGGGAGCCGGAUGCACGACUGCGACAUCAACGACGACGAGUUUCUGCACCUGCCGGCACAUCUGCGCGUCGUCGGGCCCCACCAGCUGCACUCGGAGGCCAAUGAGCGGCUCUUCGACGAGAAGUUCAAGCCCGUGGUGCUCACCGACGAUCAGGUGGACCAGGCGCUGUGGGAGGAGCAGGUCUUGCAGAAGGAGAAGAAGGACCAGCUCGCCCUGAGCCAGGCCGACCCGCUGGUGCCGUCGGAAGUCGCGAGAUGAAACCCAGACCAGCCUGGGUCCCGAUCGGGCUCUGAGCCCCGGCAGACUGUUGGCCCGGGAUUGUGCAGUUGGUGCGAGUGAGCCUCAAACGCGGAGUGACGGAAAUAAAUUAUUUGCACUGUU